AUGAACAAACGGCUCCUUGAAGCAGCUAUACGUGGUGACUCCACGUCAAUGUAUGCCAUGGCUGCACUGGACCGAAGCAUUCUUCUUGGAAAAACUCCGCAGGGGAACACCUGCCUCCACAUAUCCUCCAUGCAUGGUCACCAGGGAUUCUGCAAGGAUGUGGUGGAACUAGAACAGUCUCUCCUGGCCGCCAUAAAUUUGUCUGGAGAGACACCACUUACCUCUGCAGUGAGGUAUGGUCAAGUCUCCGUGGCUUCGUGUCUACUGGGAAGCUGCUGUCAGCCAGCUUUCAGACAAGCAAUCUUGCAACAAGACAUCUAUGGAUUUAAUGCACUGCACCAUGCCAUUCGCAAUGGCCACAAGGAUCUUGCACUGGAGUUGAUAGAAGCAGAGCCUGCGUUGUCCCAAGCUGUCACCAAGCACAAUGAGUCGCCCUUGUUUUUCGCAGUGGCGAGAAAGUUUACACAUAUUUAUGAGAAACUAAUGCAAAAUCCAGAUUGUGCUUAUUCGGGAGGACAAUACCGUGAAAAUUGUCUGCAUGCUGCUGUUAAACAUGGCGAUCAAGAAAUUGUUAGAAUGAUUAUGGAGAAACGUCCUGAAUUGGCCAGAGAAUUUGAUAAUGAAUCAUCUUCUCCAGUAACAUGUGCUGCACUUUAUGGCAAAAUUGAUAUGUUACAAGUAAUGCUGGAACAUGAUUCAACUCUAGGGUAUCAAAUAUUCGGCAACGGUAAUUCUCUCCUCGGUGCUGCCGCAUAUCGAGGUCAAGUUGCUGCUGCUCGAGAGAUUUUGAAACACUGUCCCGAUGCUCCUUAUAACAGCCCCAACAAUGGUGAGACAUUCCUUCAUGUAGCUGUAGAAAAUGAACAUGCAGAAUUCGUUGAGUUUGUACUCAAGACACCGCUACUUCGCAAAGUUGUUAACAUGCAAACCAGCAAUGGUAGAACCGCUCUGCAUUAUGCGGUCAACAAGUGCAAUCCUAGAAUUGUGGUAGCUUUGUUGUCUCACGAGGAUAUAGAUGCAACAGUGCAAGACAUCAGUGGUAAUUCAGCAUCUUGGGAUCUGUCUGCAGUCAUGGAGAAUGCCAAGACUUUAAACUGGAAUGAAGUGAUCAUGCUUAUGUCUAGAGCUUGUCCACAAGAUGCUCCCAGUCUACAUAAUCUUCAAGUGCAAGCCAAGCAAAAGACGACUUACGCCUCAAGGAAGGAUGCAAAGUCACUAACUCAAACAUACACAACCAACACCUCAUUGGUGGCAAUCCUCAUCGCAACAAUCACCUUCGCCGCUGCCUUCACGCUUCCUGGAGGAUACAGCAACGAUGCUGGAACUGAGGGACUUCCUAUCAUGUCUAAGAAGUUUGCAUUUCAUGUGUUCUUGAUAUCCGACACCUUAGCAAUGUGUUCAUCGUUCGCCGUCGCCUUCAUAUGCAUCAUAGCAAGGUGGGAGGAUUACGAAUUCUUGAUCUAUUACAGAUCCUUUACUAAGAAGCUCAUGUGGUUUGCAUACGUGGCAACAACUACGGCAUUUUCAACUGGUUUAUACACGGUGUUGGUUCCUCGCCUCCAGUGGUUGGGUAUCCUAAUUUGUGUCAUGGUGGCUUUGUUGCCCAUUCUCACUAAGCUGUUGGGUGAAUGGCCGGUCUUGAAGCUCAGAGUUCGGCUGGGUAAAAGUUUUAACUCGGAUCUCCUUGAUAUGGUGUGA